CCCCAUUCCCUCCCUCCCUCCUUCCCGUCCCUUCCCCCGUCCCCCUCCCGCGCGGCGGCAGUGGCAGCGGCAGCCCCCCCGCGCCCCCCCGGGAAGCGCGGCUCCGCGCGCGCGGGCGGGCGGCAGGCUGAAGGUGGCCCAUUCUGAGACUAAUUUAAUAAUCAUUUGCUUAGAAAACUUCCUGCAUUGUUCAUGGAGUUUUUCAUCAGUAUGUCUGAAACCAUUAAAUAUAAUGACGACGAUCACAAAACUGUGUUCCUGAAAACAUUGAAUGAACAACGUUUGGAAGGAGAAUUUUGUGACAUUGCUAUUGUGGUUGAAGAUGUUAAGUUCAGAGCCCAUAGGUGCGUGCUUGCUGCCUGCAGUACCUACUUCAAAAAGCUUUUCAAAAAACUUGAAGUUGAUAGUUCGUCAGUAAUAGAAAUAGAUUUUCUUCGUUCUGAUAUUUUUGAGGAAGUUCUCAAUUACAUGUAUACCGCAAAGAUUUCUGUUAAAAAAGAGGAUGUAAACUUGAUGAUGUCUUCAGGCCAGAUCCUCGGUAUUCGGUUUCUUGAUAAACUCUGCUCUCAAAAACGUGAUGUAUCUAGUCCUGAAGAAAACACGCAGUCCAAGAGCAAGUACUGUCUAAAAAUGAACCGUUCUAUGGGGGAACCCAAUGAUACCCAAGAUGAUGAGGUGGAAGAGAUUGGAGAUCAUGACGACAGUCCAUCAGACGUGACAGUGGAAGGCACUCCCCCAAGUCAGGAAGAUGGUAAAUCACCAACCACUACCCUGAGAGUGCAAGAGGCAAUUCUGAAGGAGUUGGGAAGUGAAGAAGUUAGAAAAGUAAAUUGCUAUGGCCAAGAAGUAGAGCCUAUGGAAACAACGGAAUCUAAAGACUUAGGAUCUCAGACUCCUCAGGCACUCACAUUUAAUGAUGGCAUAAGUGAAGUCAAAGAUGAACAGACACCAGGAUGGACCACAGCAGCCGGGGAUAUGAAGUUUGAGUACUUGCUUUAUGGUCACAGGGAACACAUUGUAUGUCAGGCUUGUGGCAAGACCUUUUCUGAUGAAGCACGUUUGAGAAAACAUGAAAAACUACACACUGCAGACAGACCAUUUGUUUGUGAAAUGUGUACAAAGGGCUUCACCACGCAAGCUCAUUUGAAAGAACACUUGAAAAUACACACAGGUUACAAGCCUUACAGUUGUGAGGUGUGUGGGAAGUCUUUUAUUCGUGCACCAGAUCUAAAAAAGCAUGAAAGAGUUCACAGUAAUGAGAGGCCAUUUGCAUGCCAUAUGUGUGAUAAAGCUUUCAAGCACAAGUCCCACCUCAAAGACCACGAAAGAAGGCACCGAGGAGAGAAACCUUUUGUCUGCAGUUCCUGCACUAAAGCAUUUGCUAAGGCAUCUGACCUAAAAAGGCAUGAGAACAAUAUGCACAGUGAAAGAAAGCAAGUUACAGCAGCCAAUUCCAUCCAGAGUGAAACAGAACAGUUGCAGGCAGCAGCCAUGGCUGCUGAAGCAGAGCAGCAAUUAGAAACUAUAGCCUGUAGUUAAAAACUAAAGCAGGAACUUCAUCAGAAAUAAUAUAAGAAAUGAAAUGGAGCAAAAUCUGUUGCUGAUAUACAUUUAGACUGAGAAUCUUUUCAAGAAAGCAUAUUUUUAGAGGAUUUGAAUGUUACAUAGGAAUACAUAGCGUCGCUUGGUUAGGAUUUUAAAACAUUUCAGAGAUGGGUAUUCUUAGAAUGUGAAACAGUUUCGCUGUCACUAGCAGUAUAAUGCACUAAUAACUGCUUUAAUUUGAGAAUGUGAUCAAGUUCUCUAUAGCAGGGAUCAUCACUGGCCGAUGCUUUGCUUCAUCCCGUAUGGAAUACUGAAUACAAUGUAAACAUUGCAAUCAGUGAGAAUCAGUGAGUUAUGUUUGAAAACACUGAGAUCUCAAAAAUCACAAACAUGGAAAGAAAGGAUUCGGUUUUCAUAAUUCUUAGGUGUUGUACCUACAGUUUUUUUUGAGAAGCAUACAUUGAGUUCCUAAGCUUUUUAAUUCCUCCUUUUUUCACCUAAUGUAUGUUGGUACAACAGAGUGUAAAGGAGGAUGGUAAUCAAAAUGAAAUUGCUUCUUAUUCCAUUCCCUCAGAUAUCCUCCUAUUUUUAUAAAGGUGGCAAGUUUUAGUAAAAUACUUGCAUUCUUGAAAAAUGCAUUAUUCACAGGGAUUCUGGCUGGCAAAGCAGAAGUGUCAUGGCAUUCACCAGUCCCUUCUGUGGGCAAAAAUGUCUGCCUCAUUUGUUUUUAUGUUCACUUUUAUACAGUGCCCCAGAGGUGGGACUGGGCUGCAAAGGAAAAAGGGUGGAGCAUGGAGGAGACACACUCCUUACUCAAACCCAGUAAAAAUCAGUAAAAGCUAAUACAGCCUGAGAUGUUUUUUUAUUAUGCAACUUUCAGGUCAUCUAACCUAGCACAGUGAAGGCAGAGGAGUAUCUGCACAAGCAGGUGACCAGGUGUCACUGCCAGACUCCUGAAGCUGCAGCCAAGGGUGUCACAUACCUGCCCUCAGCUCAGCUGGGGUUUGUGUUGUGGCUGAUCAUACAGCUCAUAGGUCCUGUUCAAAUUUAAAAGGUUCCACCUUUUGACACACCACCCCUCAUUAAGAGGGAGACUUCAGUGAAUGAGUUCUUUAAGAAUUGAUCCUGGGUGAGCAUUCACUAUUUGUCAGUUGCUUAGUCUAUUUCUUUUAAAACCAGCUGGGGUACAUACUGAUAAUAGUUAACUCACCGAGUCAAGAAAAUAAGUGGUCUUUGGAUUGCAGUCUGCUACUUGUGGUCAUCAAGAGAAGACACAAUAACAGUGGCAAUGUAAUCCAAAGGUAUAUUGACUCUUUAUUUUAAAUUUGUAAAUACUACAACUGUUGUGAAAACUUCAUUUGAAGUUGGAAUGGGCAAAAAACACACUCGGGCACAUGGUUGGUAACAUUGGUCACUUGUGAUACCUAUAGCAUAUCAAAGUGUUAGACCAGUUUCUGAUAAGUUACUGUGUGGUAGAUCACAUCUUGCUUUUCUAAAUAGAAAUUGAAAAUAGUGUUUUUGGAACUGUUAUAUCGAACUUCAAUUAUUGAGGGUUUUUUAUUUGGUUGAGGUUUUUUUUUUUUUUUACAGCUUCAUUUUGUUCAUGAAUUCAUCAGGUUAAGCAGUUAUCUUUAAAUGCCAGUAAUUGUUCAAACGCUGGUCUGUAAAUAAAACAUGACCUUAAUAUUUUAGAAAAUGUAAACUUUGGACCUUUACCAAUAUAUUUUUUUAAAAUGUUGCUUCAUUUUACAUUCAGUAAUAUUAGUUUGUAAACAAACUAUACAUUUUGUACCUGUGCAACAUCAGAGGAUGUGUAUUCAUUACAUUUUAUUGGUUCUCUUGAGGAACAUGAUAAAUGACCAUUGUUAAAAUGUUUUUCUGUAUAUGAUCAUAGAUAUAAAGAUAGUAGGUCCAAAAUAGGAUCUACUUUUUUUUUUUUCUAAAUAUAUUUGUCUUGCUAUGUUUUCUUAUCUGAAAUUGUGUGCACUUCUUCCUAGGUAAGUUGGGGUUGAAAAGAGUGUACAAAACAGGUCUCUUGUGAUAAGAGUUCAAAAGUGUAAAAUGUGAAGAAAGUAAAUUUUCUCAAGGUCUGCUAUGAAGAAUGCAAGAAGCCAUGAGCUUAAAUUACAGCAAUAAACAAUUACGUUAGGGGAAAAAAACCCCACCUUUUAAAAGAUUUUAAUAAUGAAUCACUAAAAGAGAAUGCCUGGGGAGGUACUGCAAUCUCCACUAGUGGUAACAUUAAAGA